UUUAUUAUAGAGUGCAUCCUUUUGACUUUUUGCACGACUGUCAUUGUCCAAACAGGAAGAACUUUUAGUGACGGAGGGAGGGUGUAUUAUUCUUUUCUUGCCUAGUUGGCUUUGGUGUUUAUGUCAAACCACCUGGAUGUUCACUCAACUCUCUAGAUUCCCUUAACGAAUUAGUAGAAUAGGAAUUUAAAAAAUAAAAUAAAAUUAAAAGACAACAGAAUUAGCAGCCUGUAUUAGCUAAAGGAACAAGUGACUAAAACAUUGGAGUAUGUAGCUUACAUAAAUAGAGCCUUCUGGCAAGACCCACAUUUAGGUAUGGCCUAUUGAUGCAGUUCCAAUUUUUGUAUAGAGUAUAGACUCUAUGCACAUACUCUGUAUUAAGGGAAUAUGACAAAUAUGUUGAGAGGAUUGGUGCAUCAAAGAUGUGCUAGCAUCAGAGUGAUAGGUGUACAUUUUUUUUUUUCAGUUUUUUUUUUUUUUUUCUUAAAUAAAAACCAAGGAAAACAUUUUAAAAUGGGAAAGAGGGGGUAAUUUGCAGAGAGAGCAUUUGAUAUAUUAACUUAUGUUUUACAGUUGUAAGUUCUUUUGAGAUACUGUACACCUUUCUUCAAUACAUAACCUUUCACUUCUGAAUCUAGUAAAGAGAAUUUGUAGGAAGAAUCUAUGGAAAAGGUUUACUGCAGCAUAUUAGUAAGAAGAGUAUUGAACUUUUGUUUUUCCGUUUUCCAAAUUUGGCAAUUAAUUCUUUGCAGGAAUUUAAAGGCAGCUGGAUACUGGUGCAUCCAGAUUUUAUGGCUGGAAAUAAGAAUUUUUACAUGCGAAGGAGAAAAAUUGAAUGGCUUAAAAUUUUUGACUCUAUUCUUCUUAAGAAUCUGGUUCUGGGAUAAUGUAGGGGAUGCCAGGUUCACUUUACCCUUUCUUCCGGUCUAGCUUCCCAAAAUCUAAGUAGAAGUUACUUUUCUGUUUUGGGGUUCCAUAUCAACUCAUUCAGCUGGCCAAUGAAGGAAGCAAUCAACCAAAGCUGUCUUCUUUCUUUGCUUUGAAACGAAAUCCAGUCAAUCAAGGUGUUCUGUCUGAUUCAGCUUGUAUGCUGCAAGCUGAAGCAGAUGCUGAAGCUUCAGAAGUGAAGGAUGAUGUUGUGCUUGAUCAUGCCUCUUCUGAUUUGGAUGAGUUGUCUGAAUGUUCUAGGCAAAGUGACAAGGAGAUAGAAGACGAUGGAUGUAAGAAAACUGGUACAGCUGAUUCAGAGCAAUUUAUUGAAGAAGAUGAAUUCUCCCAACCAGAGAAGUCAGUCACCUCUAAAGACAAAGUCGAUAUUAGUCCCACCAGUCAUCAUGACUCAUAUGAAAAGCCUAGUGGGGAAUCAUCUGGUUCACUGGCUGGGGGACCUUCCUGCCGCCGUCAUUCAACCCUUGAGGACCCGAAUUUUGUUGAAAACUAUUUUAAGAGUUCAAGGUUGCAUUUCAUUGGAACUUGGAGGAACCGGUACCGUAAGCGAUUUGCCUGCCUUUCCAAUAAAACUAAGCAAAAAAGCUUUGAUGUUAAUGCUGCUUCUACUUCUCAGAAAACUAUGAUCAUCCAUAUGGACAUGGACUGCUUUUUUGUGGCUGUUGUUAUCAGGAACCGUCCAGAUUUGAUGGACAAGCCUGUAGCAGUGUGCCAUUCAGACAGUGCUAGAGGAACUGCUGAAAUCUCUUCUGCUAAUUAUCCUGCUCGAGACUAUGGAGUGAAAGCUGGAAUGUUUGUUAGAGAUGCGAAGGCUCGUUGUCCUCAUCUAGAAAUCAUACCUUACAACUUUGAAGCUUAUGAAGAGGUAGCUGACCAAUUCUACAACAUCUUGCACAAACACUGCGAUAAAGUGCAGGCAGUAAGUUGUGAUGAAGCAUUUCUGGAUAUCACUAACUCAGACGUGGCAGAGCCGGAGCUUUUAGUUUCCGAAAUAAGACAAGAGAUCUUUGAAACAACAGGUUGCACGGCUAGUGCAGGCAUUGCUGCAAAUAUGCUUAUGGCUCGUCUUGCCACUAGAACUGCCAAACCAGACGGUCAAUGCUACAUUUCUCCAGAGAAGGUUGAUGAGUAUCUGUUACAACUCCCUAUAAAGACACUUCCAGGUAUUGGACAUGUCUUGGAGCAAAAGCUAAAAAAUAAAGGAGUUCAGACCUGUGGCCAAUUGCGAAUGUUUUCUAAGGAGUCUUUACAGAGGGACUUUGGAACAAAAACUGGUGAAAUGUUGUGGAAUUACUGCAGAGGUGUUGAUAAGCGGCUAGUUGGAGUCAUUCAGGAAAGCAAGUCGAUUGGUGCUGAUGUAAACUGGGGUGUGCGCUUCAAGGAUAUAAAAGAUAGUGAACACUUCCUUUCUAGUCUGUGCAAGGAGGUUUCUUUGCGCUUGCAGGGAUGUGGAUUACAAGGGCGUACCUUUACGCUCAAGAUUAAGAAGCGUAGAAAAGAUGCUGGGGAGCCAACAAAAUACAUGGGUCAUGGGGCUUGUGAAAAUCUUAGUCACUCUACGACAGUUCCUGUUGCAACUGAUGAUGUUGACAUUCUUCAAAGGAUAACAAUACAGCUAUUUGGAUCAUUUCACAUAGAUGUCAAAGAUAUUCGAGGAAUCGGAUUACAAGUGACCAAGUUGGAGAGUAAUGAUACUAUGAGACAAGGGCAAGAAAGAAAUUUUCUAAGGUCGUGGCUUGGAUCUGGCACAACGAACUCUACAGAACACCGCAACAUGCGUGAUACAGGCCAAGCUUAUCUUGAGUCUGUUGGACCUUCAGCGACAAGUUCAAAUCCUUCGUACCAUGAAUCUCGCUCAAAUCCAGUUGCAGUGCUGCCGUCAUUGGGUGAUCUUUAUCUGGGUGUUAUUGAGAGCUUGCCCCCAGAGUUGUUUAAAGAGUUUAAUGAUAUGUAUGGAGGGAGGUUGACUGAUCUCAUAUCCAAAAUUAAGGACAAAGACCUAUAUCAGAGUGUGUCUGCUAUGUCUGUAAAGAAAGUUGAAGGUGAAUUCUGCAACAAACAGGAAAUUCAUGCUUCUGCUGCUGUGCAAAUUAACAACAUUAAGGAGGACAAGGCUGGGUGCUCCGAGAAUCAGGAAAAAGAGGCUGGGUGUUCCAAGAAUCAGGAGAAAGAGGCAUUGCCUACUAUUGGCACAGUAACUGCAGUUAUCCCCAAUUCUGUGGUGGAAUCAGAAGUUGUUGAUUUAAUGCCUUAUUCAUUAAGCCAAGUGGACAUGUCUAUACUACACCAGUUACCUGAGGAACUGAGAGCAGAUAUAGUUGGGGUACUUCCUGCCCAUCGAAGGCCAAAUGGUUUACCUGAGUCUUGCAAAGUUUCCGAGGUAGCGCAGGAAAUGGGACAUGGCAAGGAUAAUACUGGAUCCGUGGAAUGUGCUAAAGAUAAUAAUCUCUGGGUUGGAAGUCCUCCUUGUUGGGUCCAUAAGUUCAAAGUCAGCAAUUGCUUGAUGUUGAACAUUCUUGCAGAGAUGUUUCUCAGGUCAGGGUCUACUGGGUUGUUGUCCUCUACACUGCAGUGCUGUCUCUCAGGAUUUCAGAUAUAUAGUGAUGCCACUGGUGAUGUGGCUAAGGAAGCUUCGCAUAACUUAUGUGAGCUUCUGAGGCAGUAUGUUCAGCUGAAGCUGGAGGAAGACAUUGAGGAAAUCUAUGUUUGUUUUCGUCUUUUAAAAAGGUUGACAUUGGAAUCAAAGGCUUUUAAACAUGCAUAUGACGCUGUCUUGCCUUAUCUCCAGGCUUGUAUUAAUGAAAGCUACGGAGGACACUUGGAUUUGCCUGCGAUGGGUUAGAUGUCUCUGGCCGUUCUUUCCAUUCAUGGAUUAACCUUGUUUCCUUCCAAUGAUUGGAACCACUCGCUGUGAGUCAACAUACAUUGUUCUUCUCUUCAUCCCGUGGGAGGACGUUGAUUGAGGAUAUGCUCAUGCCGUAAUGCAAUGGCAGUGACUGUGCAUCCGUGUAUUUUCCGAGUUUGAAGUUAUACAACCUCUGUUGAAAACAGUGGAUUCUUAAAAGGUGACAUUAGACCACAAUGGAACACAUUGGGCUGAACACUAGAACUUAUGCCCGACGCAGAGCAUGAGGAUAUUUAUCAUCAAUUUGAUGAUGAUGCUUGAAACCCAAGCUGUAGCUGCAUGUGUAAAUUUCUGACCCCUAGUCUUAAUUGCAAGAUUAUGGUAAUGCAUCCCAAGCAUAUUGGCUGUUAAAAAAAUGAUGCAACAUUGUCUAUCCCAAAGUUGAUGAUAUGGCAUAAACUUGGUUCUCCCGCAGCACCGCUUGUGGAUACAUGUACAGCUUGGAAACAGAGUGGAUGUUGAUAUUUCCGAAACCUUCUCACUCGUACUAGUAUCUUGAAUUCCUCAGGAAUCAUGUCACAGCCGGGUUAGUCAAAGCUUAUUGCUGGAAAGUAUGUCUGUAUAUCAGCAUAUGUAGAUGAUGAUAUUAUGAAACAGCUGAGCACCUUCCUUUUAUCUCCUUUCUAAUAAUGUAUUACAUUGACCAUCUAUUACCACUUCAUUACGUGGGAAAUAGGUUUUCUAAUGUUGUAUGUUAUUGAUGUUUUGACAAUAGUUGAGAAUUUUAAGGUGCACAAGCACAACAAAAUUAAUGGUGACUUGUUCAAAUUAAGUACAUUGACUGCAAACAAAAUCUUAAUUCAAUUCAAUUUUUUUGA